GUUGGGGUCAGGCAGGUGUGGCGGCGCUUUCUCCUCCGUGCACGGGGAGCUGCUCAGGCUGGAGGCCAGCCAGCUCUUGCCGCCGCCUCGGUAGUGAUGGGGGCGCAGGACCGGCCGCAGUGCCAUUUCGACAUCGAGAUCAACCGGGAGCCGGUUGGUCGCAUUAUGUUUCAGCUCUUCUCAGACAUAUGUCCAAAAACAUGCAAAAACUUCCUUUGCCUAUGCUCAGGGGAGAAAGGCCUUGGGAAAACAACUGGGAAGAAGUUAUGUUAUAAAGGUUCUACAUUCCAUCGUGUGGUUAAGAACUUUAUGAUUCAGGGUGGGGACUUCAGUGAAGGUAAUGGAAAAGGUGGAGAAUCAAUUUAUGGUGGAUAUUUUAAAGAUGAAAACUUUAUUCUCAAACAUGACAGAGCGUUCCUUUUGUCAAUGGCAAAUCGAGGGAAACAUACCAAUGGUUCCCAGUUUUUCAUCACCACAAAACCUGCCCCGCACUUGGAUGGGGUUCAUGUUGUCUUCGGACUAGUUAUCUCCGGUUUUGAAGUCAUCGAGCAAAUUGAAAAUCUGAAAACUGAUGCUGCAAGCAGACCUUAUGCAGAUGUGCGCGUUAUUGACUGUGGGGUUCUUGCCACGAAAUCAACAAAAGAUGUUUUUGAGAAAAAAAGGAAGAAACCGACUCAUUCAGAAGAAUCGGAUUCCUCUUCCAAUUCCUCUUCCUCUUCAGAAUCAUCUUCAGAAAGUGAAAUCGAACAGGAGAGAAGCAGGAGGAGGAAACAUAAGAGGAGGCCAAAAGUUAAACAUUCUAAGAAGAGACGAAAGGAAGCAAGCAGUUCAGAAGAGCCAAGGAAUAAACAUGUAGUGAGCCCGAAAGGUCACUCUGAGAGAAGUGAUACCAAUGGAAAAAGGUCAGUCGAUUCAAAUGCUAAAAGGGAAAAGCCUGUGGUCCGCCCAGAAGAGAUACCCCCAGUGCCUGAGAACCGGUUUUUACUGAGGAGAGAUAUGCCCCUUGUCACAGUCGAACCUGAACCGAAGAUUCCUGAUGCUACACCCACUGUAAGUGAUCAGAAACCAUCUGUAUCAAAGUCUGGACGGAAGAUUAAAGGAAGGGGUACAAUUCGCUAUCACACACCUCCGAGAUCCAGAUCCUGCUCCGAGUCAGAUGACGACGACAGCAGCGAGACACCCCCUCACUGGAAAGAGGAGAUGCAGAGGCUGAGAGCAUAUAGACCGCCAAGUGGGGAGAAAUGGAGUAAAGGAGAUAAGCUAAGUGACCCCUGCUCAAGCCGAUGGGAUGAAGGAAGCUUGUCCCAAAGAUCAAGGUCACGGUCUUACAGUGGAUAUUAUUCAGACCUUAGUACAGCGAGACACUCUGACAGUCACCAUAAAAAACACAGAAAAGAGAAAAAGGUCAAGCAUAAAAAGAAAGCUAAAAAGCAGAAACAUUGCAGGAGACGCAAACAGACUAAGAAGAGAAGGAUUAUUGUACCGUCUGACAUAGAAUCCUCAAAGUCUUCCACCCGACGAAUGAAACCCUCUGGUGACAGAGAAAGGAGGUCGCGAUCUUCCUCGCUAUCCUCUCAUCAUUCGCUGAAGAGGGAUUGGUCUAAAUCUGAUAAGGAUGACCAGAGCUCUUCAACUCAUUCCAGCAGGGACUCAUACAGAUCAAAAUCUCACUCGCAGUCUUAUUCUAGAGGAAGCUCAAGAUCAAGGACGCCAUCAAAGUCCUCAUCCCAUUCUCGAAGUAGAUCAAAGUCCAGAUCGAGUUCCAAGUCAGGGCGCCAACGGACGGCAUCAAAAUCACCGAGAAGGACAGCCUCUCAGCUAAGCGAAAACAAACCAGUUAAAGCAGAACCUUUAAGAGCGAUCGUGCCACAAAAUGAAAACAUCAUAGUACAACAGCCAGUGGUGGCGGAAAAUAUUCCUGUAAUACCACUGAGUGACAGUCCCCCUCCUUCAAGGUGGAAGCCUGGGCAGAAGCCCUGGAAACCCUCUUAUGAGCGAAUUCAGGAAAUGAAAGCAAAAACAACCCAUUUGCUGCCCAUCCAAAGCACUUACAGUUUAGCAAGUAUUAAAGAGACUGGUAGUUCAUCAUCCUACCAUAAAAGAGAAAAAAAUUCAGAAAGUGAUCGGAGUGCUUAUUCAAAAUACAGUGAUAGAAGUUCAGAAAGUUCACAAAGGUCAAGAAGCAGAUCCUCCAGGAGUAGAUCUUACUCCAGAUCGUACUCAAGGUCACGAAGUGUAGCUAGUUCCCAUUCAAGGUCUAGGUCUCCCUCCUCUAGAUCUCAUUCACGAAAUAAGUACAGUGAUCGCUCACAGUACAGUAGGUCGUCUUCAUAUUCUUCUGUCAGCAGUGACGCCGGAAGGCGAGCCAAGAGAAAACUUAGGCCCAGUGGGAAAAAAAAUAACACUUCAAAUAAAAGGCGCAGCAGCAGCUCUGAAAAGAUAUUUCGCAAUAAAUAUGUGAAAGGCAGAGAUAAGUCUUCGUCUCAGAGGAAGUAUAGCGAAAGCAGGUCAUCUUUAGAUUAUUCUUCAGACAGUGAACGGUCAAGUGUUCAGGUGACACAGUCAGCCCAGGAAAAAGGGAAGCAAGUCCAAAAGGAAACAAAUAAUAAACAAGAGAAAAACAGAGAUGGAGGGAAAUCCAAGCCCGAACAGGAACGUCCUCGUUCAAAAAAAAGAACUUCGAAAGGCAGUCUUUCCGAACACUUUAGAAAUGGCAGUAAGCCCAAAAGGAAGAAUUACGCUGGGAGUAAAUGGGACUCUGAGUCAAAUUCUGAACGAGACAUAACUAAAAACAGUAAAAAUAAUUCCCGGCCAUCUUCUGAUAAGGAGGAAGGUGAGGCCACAUCAGAUUCUGAAUCAGAGUUUGGUGAAAUUCACAUCAAAGCCAAACCCACAACAAAGUCUUCAGCGAGUACUUCACAGUCUGAUGGUAAUGGUGCUUGGAAGUCUAGCAAACAGCGGUCAUCAACCUCUGAUUCCGAGGGGUCCUGCAAUUCAGAAAACCCUAGAGGAAAGUCACGGAAGCACAAACAUGGGUCAAAGGAAAAUCUUAAAAAGGAACACACCAAAAAAGUGAAAGAGAAAAUGAAGGGGAAAAAAGACAAAAAGCACAAGGCUCCAAAACGAAAACAAGCAUUUCACUGGCAGCCUCCACUAGAAUUUGGUGAAGAGGAGGAGGAGGAGAUUAAUGAAAAGCAAGUGACUCAGGAGUCACAAGAGAAAAAACAAGUUUCUGAAAACAGUGAAGCCACAAAAGAAAAUAUCCCCCCAACUGAGAAGCCCUGUGAAGACGGCAGUCAGUCAGGUAAACAGAAUACAGUAACGGCUUCAUCAGAUGCUGAGCAGCCUGCCAAAGUUGAUAGCAAACUCAGCACUUCUCCCACACCUUUAAAUACCGAGGAGAGUGUGGCCAGUUCUCCCCCAAACAUUCAGCGUAUCGAAGACAGUGUCCCAAGCAGAGUGGAGGAUGUGCUUCAGGCAGAUGACAACAUGGAAAUUUGCACUCCUGAUAGGAGUUCCCCGGCAAAGGUGGAGGGGGCGUCCCCUCUAGGAGACUCGAGGCUUGACCCCCUGGAUGUAGGCCUCGUUGUGAAGCAGGAAGUACAGGCUGAGCAUCCUGAGGGAGAGGCGGGGAGCCAAGACAGCAGCAUGCCUGAGAGCCCCCCAGGGGGUGAGGCGGGGGCACAGGACAGCAUCUCUGUGGGCCCGGCCGGUGCGGUGGAAGGCACAGUGAGGAAGGAGGUGGCCGAAAGGGGCCAGCUCAGCCUCCUGGAUAACAAAUGGAAGCCCCUGCAAGGGGCGGGGAACCUGACAGCACCGGCGGCUGCCCUUUCCAGUGCCGUGGAAGGUAAGACGUUGACUGCUCUGCCUGAAAUGAAGCCACAAGUCUUGAGAAUAGAAAUUAAAAGCAAAAAUAAAGUGCGGCCUGGGUCUCUCUUUGAUGAAGUAAGAAAGACGGCACGCUUAAACCGGAGGCCGAGAAAUCAGGAGAGUUCAAGCGACGAGCAGACACCUAGUCGGGAUGGCGAUAGCCAGUCCAGGAGUCCGAGUCGGUCUCGAAGUAAAUCUGAAACCAAAUCAAGACACAGAACAAGGUCUGUCUCCUACAGUCAUUCAAGAAGUCGAUCGCGAAGUUCCACAUCAUCUUAUCGAUCAAGAAGCUAUUCCAGAAGUCGGAGCAGAGGGUGGUACAGCUGGGGCCGCACACGAAGCCGGAGCAGUUCCUCCCGCAGUUACAAAAGUCACAGGACGUCCAGCCGGAGCAGAUCCAGGAGCAGCUCGUAUGACCCCCACAGCCGCUCCAGGUCCUACACUUACGACAGCUACUACAGCAGGAGCCGGAGCCGCAGCAGAAGCCAGAGGAGCGACAGCUACCACCGAGGCAGAAGCUACAACAGGCGGUCCAGGAGUUGUAGAUCUUACGGCUCUGACAGCGAAAGUGACCGAAGUUACUCUCAUCGCAGGAGUCCCAGUGAAAGCAGCAGAUAUAGUUGAAAAUGUCCCCUUUUUUGAUACAAAUUAUAUCUUAUUUGUAAAUAUCUGGUAACUUAAAAAUUUAAGAAACUUAAAGUCAGUCUGUUGUUCUGUUUCAAUAUUAGAGGUGAAUUUCAAAAAUAGACACUUCUUAAUUGUUACUUGUUCCUUGUGUGCAGAAUUUAAAAUACAGAUAUGUCUCCUAAAAAUAUUUUUAUGCCACAUUUUACAGUAGCCAACUAUGGAAGUGAAAUUUCAUUUUCUUGAAUCAAGAAACCAUGAAAUCUUAGUAUAAUUUGCAAUAUUACUUUAGAUAGACUGUUUCCUUUUUCUCUCACGUAUCCCUUAGAAUACAAAUUCUUUUUGCCCGUUUUCAGGUGUUAGCACAUGUGCUGCCCAGCACAGACCUGUGGGAGCUCGUCAGAGACAGCCAGGUGUUUGUGCACCCAUCACAGAGCCUGACGCAGUGUGCUCUUAAGAACCCACCACCCAGGUCCCUGCUGACGGUAGCCAGGCGUGGGGGUGUGGCUUUGGGGCUCUUAAUCCAUUCCUUCCUUCUUCGUUGUCUGCAAGGACCAGGAAAGUGAUCACUGUACAGCCUGCUGUCUGUGUUACUUCCGGUUGGCAGGCGAGGGUAAGGAGAAUAACCAGCCUUAACUCGAAGUACCUACUGUCUCUAAGGACCUAGUAUUUCAUGUGCUUUCUAAUAAAUUUGAUCAGAGGUUCGGACUGUAAAAACAAUUCUAUUCCCAUUCACCCUUUGGUGCUUGGUACCUUUUGGUGCCCCUUUAAGCAUUGUUCUACUUCUCUACUGUACAUUACGGUCUCAUAAGAGAGAGAGAGAUGAAAUUUUUUUUUAAACCACUGGCACCAAACAUGUUUCCUUCUGAGCUGUACUCACUUUGAAUAUUUGGAGGGGUUCUCUCAAGCCACAGGUGUGGGCUGGGGGUCUCCUGGACCGGGCAGGGUUGGCAGCAGGGAUUGCAUGGCCACGCAGGUCUACUACAUGUCACUGACGUGACCAUGUCUGGAAGAACGGAUUGAAGAACAGACGUCCAAUGUAACAGCAAAACCUAACUGCCACCAUCCUGGACAUUUUGCGGGGCUUUUAAGUCAAGUAAGAGAGAGGCCACAAUAGUAGUUGAACGGCUUUCAGCACCAGCCUAUUUUCCCUGUGACCACACCGACCCAGUGAAGCCUGGCACCACACAAGGAAACCCAGGACAUGGAAAGAAGGUGUAUGGGACAGUGUAAACCAUGCAUUUUCACAGGUUUGGGCAGUUCCUCCAAAAAUGAUUUGGCCCGUAAAAACCGGUGUGAUUUUUUUUUUUUUUUUUAAUCUAGUUGCAGUUUUUUUCCCCCAAGUGUACUUAAUCACCUCAGUGCCAGUUCAGCCCAAUUAUGCGGGAGAAAUUCGUGUUGGAUGUUUGAGAGAGAACUCGGCGCUGCGCCCGGUGUGCUUGGGAAGGGGGAGCCCUCAGUUGGAGAGAUCUGGCAACCCUUGAUGCAUGGAGGGACGACCUUGGAUGGAUUCAAAACCAUUGCUCAGAAAGGUUCAUAAACAGGGUUAAGGGGUCAGCUCUUCGCCAUGUUGACAGACGAGAGUGCAUUAGAAAACAAGACCGGAGUCAAAUAGACGUACUCACUAGUGACUGCAAAACAUUGCAGUCCAUGUGAAGGGUUUUCAAAAGUUGCCUGCAGUGGAGAAUAUUGCUUUAAUAAUCCUCUGGGGGAAAUCUGCAUUCAGAACUCAAACAAAAACUGCCAAAUCUCAUUAUGUUAAGAAAAUUACUGUUGAGCAGCGGGUUGAUUUUCUGUUGCUUUGUAAAUAAUCACCCCAAACUUAGGAGCUUCAAACAAUACCCGUUCCUUAGCUCCCCGCUCCGAAGCUCGCGAGUCUGGCUCCGUAGGGCUGGACUCUCUGCUCAGGGUCUCACAAGUGUGAAUCCGAGGGCCUGCAGGGCAGCGGCCCUUUACGGCCGCUCUAGGAAAGCAGCUGCUUCCAGGUGGGCUCAGCCAGUUGGCGGUACUCCGUUCUGUUGGGGGGCCUUUCAUUCAGCUCCUUAAGGCUGCCCAAACGCCUCCUCAUGCGCUCCCCUCCAUCUGCAAACCAGUGACGGCCUGGCCAGUCCUCAUGCCUCCGAUCUCUCCUCCUCUCUCCUCUGCUUUAAGCUUCAUGUGAUUACAUCAAGCCCACCAAGAUCGCCUCCCCACUUUAAGGUCAUAAAACACCUUCACAGGAGCGCCCCCCCACCGUGCACAGGUUCCCGGGCUGGGGCGCGGCGUGGGCAGCAGUCUGCCUCCCUCGGGCAGUCCCUUUGCCCACCGGGGCCGAGGGCGUGGGUCCUGGGAGCCUCGUUGGUUCUCUCUGGAAAAGAACAGCCCUCAGCUGCAGCGUUCAACUUGUGUGUUUACUGAAUGAACUACAGAGACAGCUUUCCUUCCUAAGGGGAUUAUUCUGUAUUUUAAGUUAAUUUUUAACAAAAUUGAAUUAUGUUGCGUAUUGUGCUUCUUAAUAGAAAAUGCAUUAUUGGACUGUUUUUGUAACAUCCUGUUUACUGCAAAUGAAACAUGAUAUAGCUGGUAUUGUUUAAAAACUAGAAGAACUUUUGUACAUAUCAGCACUGUCUAAUUUGUAUACACUUCAUUUAAAUUCCCCUAAAACUUGAAAGGGGCACCUUGUAGAAAU